AGAUUAGAUCAUGUAAAAAUCUAUUUCAUCUAAUCAGCAUUAACUGUUUAUAGAUCUAAUAGUACGUGGAUUAGAUCAAGUAUAAGAAUGUUUAUGUAUGUGUCAGGAUAUUUCAUCACAAAAAUGACGAAGUUUGUUUUGAUUAUACUACUUUCAAUAUACAUUGAGCCAGCAAAGUCAGCCUGCAAAACUGGAUGGUUUGGAAUAACUUGCCAAUACCAAUGUCACUGUGAACAGGACAAGUGCGACAUCAACGGGGGAUGUUAUGACGAAACUCAAUGUUCAAAGGGCUGGUUUGGUCCAAGUUGCCAAUAUGUCGAUUUAGUUUUACAAGCGGACAAGAUGGAGCCGGACUAUUUUCAUCUUAAAGAUAAUGAUGAAAGCACGUGCGAAUCCACAGAAGCAUUUAGGUUGUCAUGGUUAUUAAAUCACGAUUUAACCUGGAUUAGAAUUGUUUACAUGAAUGAAGCUGAUGCUAAUAUCACACUGAAGUUUUACUAUGGCCAAAAAUCCGUAUCCUAUACGUCAAUGUUUUAUAACUUUUAUGAUAGUUUUAUUGACAUCUACCUGAGGAUGGAAAAUUUAACAAACAGCGUUCAAUUUCUCUUUGGAAAAAGAACCAGCAUUUGCGAUGUGCGUAUCAGUGGAGGUCGCAACAUGGCUUUGAAGCAAACCACAUGGCAAAUAGACACAUCCACUAUUGGUGAAUACAACAGUAACAAUGCUGUUGACGGAAAUCGAGAUCCGAAUGUACAAUCCGGAUCUUGUAGUCGCACAUUAACUACAAAAGGCCAUGUGUUUUGGAAUCUUGUAUUUAAUUCUGCAGUUGACGUCUACAGGUUUCUUAUCGUGAACGCAGCAACACGAAGAGAACAACUCAGCAACUUCUGUUUAACGGUUUAUGAUAAAAAAACACGCAAGGUUAACAUCCGGGAUGAGAGUUCACAACGUGGAGAGUUUGCUUACAACGUAACAGUACCUACAACACGGGCCACUAAAGUUACCAUCUCUAUAAAUAACAAUUACCAAUUAGUUCUUUGUGAGGUUGAAAUAUUUGGAGACAAAGCUUGCCCAAAUAAUUAUUUUGGGUUAGAUUGCGAGAGGCCAUGUAAUUGUGGACAGGAUGAAGAUUGGUGCAUGUCUGCUACUGGAGCUUGUAGUAAAGGCUGUCGCACAGGAUAUAAAGGCGUGGACUGCAACGAAGGUUAG